AUUAUAAUAACAGCAGGUAAAGGCAGUGAAAAAAGGUGUCCAUGCAUGCAAAAUUACAGCUAGUAAAGGCAGUUACUGCAACAACAGCAAUAGCAUGCAUUUAUUGGCAGUGGAAAUUUGCAGAGAGAAGCCAAAGCAAGCCCUCCUGCAACCAGCUGGUGGCCCUUUAAUUGGUUUGUUCUUACCUUCUACUUCAGCUCGCCUUUUUUUUUUUUUGUUUUUUUUUUUUAUAUGACAGUACUAGAUCGACCUUGAAUUGAAUACAAUCCAACUAACUGCUGAACUGUAAUAAUUAAAAGUUUCUCGUUAGAGAUUGAACAGCGCAGAAGAAGAAGACCCUCUCUUUCUAUUUUCUUUUCUCGCCAAUGAAAACGAAAGCGAAAGAAGAAAGUCGGCAAACAUUAUUUUAACUUUCCGUCUCCCCAUGCCCGUCCCCGUACGAUGAUGAAUCUGUUUGUUUGUUUAGUUUGUGGGAUGUCAUUUGGCAUCGGUCGGGUAUAAGGCUUCCUGGAUUUGGUGAGCGGAUUGUUCUCGUCCUUUCCUACAGCUUCAAUUCAAAUCAAUAAAGAAAUAUGAGGAGAAUGAACAUUUUUUUCAAACCUAUCUGAAAACUAUUUUAGCAAUUCGACUAUGGUGCUAGAAGCCUGGUCUACCGAGUUCCUGUGCAGUUUGCGGUGACAUCUUAUUGAUAAUCACGAGUUUCUCAACACUUCACGAGGUUGGAAUCGCGUACCUACGUGUACAUCUAACAGAUGGCGCACAUAAAGGAAAUGAGGGUCUUUUAUCACCUGAUCGAAUUGCGACUUUAGCUAUCUUUUGAAUUGAUUCUUGCUCAGAUUUCGACAUGAAAAUUUUUAAGCACAAUCCAUAUUUCGGCUUGAACACUUACUAACUAGUCCAAAACAAUCAAUGUCUUACGACCUCAAAAUCCCAAACAACAACAUCUUCACAUAACACAAUCCAUUUGGGAAUCUAUAGCCCUUUUCUUCCCUCUGUCGUUUUGCUCCUCCCUCCAAGUCUUAUCUCAUCUCCCGUCGGCUAGCUAGCUAGCUAGCUUAGCUCCUUCCCCCAUCUCCAUUAAACGUCAACGUUUCAUAUACCCCACACGCUGUUCCCAAGGCAAACAAACAUCAUAGUAGUUGAGCUUCAAAGUGGACGGCACAAUGCUGGUCCAUCACCGUGGGGACUCCAGUCAGAGAGAGAUAUAAUAAUAAUAUAAUAUAGAAAAGAGGAAACAAAAAUGAUAACGAAAACCAACUAUACCCAAAGAAAGGCCAGUGAGAAAAGGGGAAAGCUUUUUUCAACAGUCAAUUUAGUGAUGUGGAGAAACCUGGAUCAUCCAUGGCUUCUCUUGGGUUGUUGAUUUUACGCCCUUUCCAAUUUAUGGCGAAUUAUGGAAGCAUGGCCCUACUAAAACAUCUCCACCUCUCUGUCUCUUCCCUCAAUACAAAUCAUGCUACUGAUGAACGAUUAUCAUCUUGCUAGUUAAAAGAAACAGCAAGGAGCUCCACAUCGCGCCCAUACCGGCUUCAGUUAAGUGAAAAAGGUGAAACAUUUCUCUCCUCUUCCUCCCCCUUAGCAUCCCUUUGAAAAUAACAGCAGCAAGAUAAGAAAAAUCUAUCACUGUAGCAGAGGGCCCUGCGAGUGAUAGAGGGAGUGGGUUAAAGGGUCCUGCUUUUGUUGGCAUUUAAGGGCUCUUCUUUUCUUUCUUGAUGGAUGGUGGGGAAGCAGUUCAGUAGCUACUGAUAUUGAAGAAAUCAUGGAGCUUUUUUCUCUUUAUUGGUGGAUGGAAUCUGCAAAUCUCUUGAAUGGGUUCCUGCUAAUUUGAAGCUGUGGUGGUGUUGUGGGUUUAGUUCAAUAAUUUCAGUGUAGUUGAUAUCUUUUGACCCUCUUGAGCUUGGAUUUCAGCAGCUUCAGCUUCAAUUCAGUUUAGAGGGAAAUUGUAGAUCUGGGAUGAAGAAAAGUUGCAAACUUUUGAGGUUAGAUCCCUUGUUAUGGGCUUCACGUUUCAUUCAUCUGUUGAAAUACGUCAGAUUAGUUAAAAGAGUACCCUGUUUCAUUUCUGGUUGCAGGAUCUGGUGGUGAGGUCAAAAUCCUCUAUGACUUGUGUCUCAGUGAUGGAGUGGAAUCACAAGCCUCAAUUGCAAUGGGACUGGGAGAAUCUCAUAAUGUACAAUCCAAAUUCUGCCGAGAAUCCGAAUCCCAGGAAGCUAGAUGGUAACUUAGAUUGGGAAUUUGACGAUGGGGUAAGAGAAGCAGCUGCUGAUUCUGGUUCAUUCUUCUCAUCCGGAGGCUGCUGCAAUGGCAACUCUGGUGGUACCAUCUCUGAAUUGGGCCUCGCUGCUGGUUCUUCUUUCUCUUCAAAGUCAGCUUCCAUCACCAAUUCUUCAUCCACUGGAGAAGCCAAGCCAAUCAAUACUACAGGCGAGCCUCUGCUUGGUUUGAAGCUUGGGAAACGAACUUAUUUCGAAGACUCGAGCUGUGGGAGCAAUUGUAAGGCUGGGCCUGCUGCUACUGUUGCUGCUGCUGCUAAUUUAGCAAAGAGAUCGAAGUCGAAUUGUGUGGCUGUGUUCUGCCAGGUGGAAGGGUGCAACCUUGAUCUCUCGGCGGCCAAGGAUUACCACAAGAAGCACAGAGUCUGCGAAGGGCAUUCAAAGUUUCCGAAGGUGGUUGUUGCUGGGGUGGAAAGAAGGUUCUGUCAGCAAUGCAGCAGGUUCCAUAGCUUGUCAGAGUUUGAUGAGAAGAAGAGGAGCUGCAGAAAGCGGCUCUCUGAUCACAAUGCUAGGCGUCGCAAGCCACAGGGGGAGUCGCUUCGUUUCAAUCCCUCGAGGAUGCAUUCGUCCAUCUUUGACGAGAGGCAAAGAAUGAGCUUUGGAUGGGAAAGUAGCAGGAGUCCCCUGGUCCAAGGAAGGGCAGGUGGGUAUUUGUUCUGGGAAGACACCUCUGGUUCCAAGUUCACAAUAACAAAGGACUACUCCUUUAAGCCGUCAACAAGUCAGCCAGCAGUCUCCUCAAUGGCUGUUGCUCAUCAUCGCGGCUUGUUGCCUGCAAAGGCAAAAGGGAUAGCAACAGAUAAUCCAAGUCAAGGAAUGGAGGCGGAAGAAUCCACCAUGUCGCUAAACGCGAAUGAUGAUGCUACACAGGAUCUCCACCGUGCUCUCUCUCUUCUGUCAACCAACUCGUCGUGGGGCUCUUGCGAGCAGCAGCGAUCAACGACGAUAGCUUCACUUGAAGCAGCUCACGCAAGCCCUGCAGCAAGUGUGCCUCAGUCCUUCUUCCAGUUGCCUCACAUCGAACUGCAGUCAGCCGAGGCUCGGCUGCACUCUUCCCAGUCCGCUUAUGUCGGUGAUUACUCGCAGCAGUCUCAACCACAUCAGCUAUUGAGAGAUCCUUACGCGGCUGAGCUCAGUCCUGGUCAGUUGUGACCAUCCGCCGCCAUGCCUGAAAUCGUAUCGCAGUCCAUUUUCCGGCAAAGUGCCUUUGGAAACUGAUGGUACACAAUUUUCUGCUUCUGCCAAUGUGCAAUGCAAGUCUGAUACGGCUUCUGGGACACAGCCUAGUUUUACAGCCCGGCCAAACUGGAAAGGCCCGAGAUUUGCUGGUUAAUUAAGCCGAAGUAUUGAGAAGAUUUUGCACCUUUUGGUGCUUUCUCUGGCGUGUAAUGAACCUUUUAGUGCUUUCUGUUGUCUCACGUCAUUUGCUCAGUUCCAAAAUUUCAAGACUCCUUCCGCUCAACAGACACGAACUGUAAUAAAGGUUGAGAACAUUUAGCCGCCUCAGAUUUAGCCUUCAACUGGUCCAUCCUUAUACGGUGUGGCUGGAUAUCACCUGGCUCGGAGGCUGGGCAAGGUUGCUCAGAUAGCUUAAAUAAUUUUUUUUUUUUUAACUCCAAUACGUUUACAUUUAAAUGAUAACCACAAUUUCUCAAAUAAUUUCAACCCAUUAAUCAUGUAAUCCUCCGUAGGCAAGUGAAUGUAAAAUUUGAAUUUGCCCUCGGAUACGAAUACGAUGGGGUUCUCAGUGGCAUUCUAUACUAUGAUGCAUCUCCUACACUGCAGCAACAAGACAAUGCCAACAAUUGCAUCCAACAUUAGAUGUGUCUUUGCGUAGCAAGAACAGGAUAGCUUCAAACCUUUUGGUUCACACACGGUUAGGCCAACCACACUAUUAGGCCCAAUAUGAAUAAUUAACUAAUAAUAUUGGAAUAAUUCAUUCAUUGCGUAAGAAACAAACUAUUAAUAUAAUUGUUAUUUUAAUAAAUAAUAACAGAUUCGUUCUCAUAUUUCGAGAGAACCACAAAAUACAUUCAAUGUCUACACUCUUAUGUAAAUCUCACUUGUUGGAAAAACCGCCACCGGACAUGACUACUUCUUCGAUUGCUCGAAACAAUCGAAUAGGGCUUAAGGUGGAAAUAGUUCGGUUAAGUGAUUUAUUUCAAUUGAAAAUUUUGUUUACGGUGUUAAUGAAUUAGUUUUGUUUCAAUCUAAUAAGAUGUAUUGCACUAGUAGAACCAACCCCCACCCCCACCCCAAACUUAUAUGUAUGUUGUAACCCUGCCUUACUGACUAAAUGGCUUGCUUGCCUAAAGAUUGCUAAUUGUGAAGAAACGAAAAAAAAAGGGUAUGACCAGACUUAUCAAGCAACAUACCGCCAUACCCGAGCCAUCAUCUAGAGAAGAUAUCAAUUGCAUAAGAUCGCUAGAAAAUAAAAAUGCAUCCAACCCUAUGACCCAGUGAUAAAAGAGGAACUAAAACAUUGUAAAGCAAAAAAAAAAAAUUCAAAAUUAGACAUUCUUACCUCUUUGGGUCAUUAAGGAAACGUUUGGAAGCUGUGGUUCUACAAAUGUGUGAUUCUUGGAAACAUUUCAUCGUCGAGAAGAUGACGCGAUAACAAAGGAUUGGAACAUAU